AUGUCUGAAAACCAAGACAUCUCCCCUGCUGCGGGCUCCCUGGCUGACCGCAUCACCAAGCCUGACGAGCCGAAGCCCACCGAUUCUUCCAAUGUCGCCGCCACUCCCAAGGAGGACGGCGCCUCUGCCCCCGCGCAGGGUUCAGCAGCGCUUGAGGAGCCCGACUACAACGUCGCGGUGAAAUUGAGUGACUUGCAAGCCGACCCUAACAACCCCCUGUUCUCAGUCAAGAGCUUUGAAGAUCUGGGCCUAGAUGCGCGCAUUCUGAAAGGUCUUUCAACGAUGAACUUCCGCAAACCGUCCAAGGUCCAGGAACGCGCUCUUCCCCUUUUGAUGAGCAACCCUCCCAAGAACUUGGUUGGUCAGUCGCAGUCCGGUACGGGCAAAACUGCGGCUUUUGUUCUCAACGUUCUCAGUCGUCUCGACCUUUCAACAGAGCAGUUGCAGAUGACGCCUCAAGCUUUGAUCCUCGCCCCCACCCGUGAAUUGGCUCGCCAGAUUGUCGGUGUUAUUCAGGUUAUGGGUCAAUUCCUUGAAGGUCUCGUCAUCGGCACUGCCGUUCCUGCCGAUUCGAACGCUCGCCCAUCGAAGAUGGAUUGCUCAGUUGUGGUUGGCACACCUGGUACUGUUCAAGAUAUGAUCAAGAAGCGCAUCAUGAACCCUACUGGCUUGAAGGUGCUUGUCCUGGAUGAGGCAGAUAACAUGCUUGAUCAGCAAGGCCUGGGAGACCAGUGCAUUCGAGCCAAGGCGAUGAUUCCCCGAAAUGUUCAAAUCGUCCUGUUUUCUGCGACCUUCCCCGCUCACGUCUACCGCUAUGCGGGCAAGUUUGCUCCUUCUGCAAACGAGAUUACUCUCCAACACGAAGAGCUAACUGUUGAGGGUAUCAAGCAACUCUACAUGGAUUGCAACAGUGACGAGGAAAAGUACCAGAACCUCGUCCAGCUCUACGGACUGCUUACCGUCGGGUCCUCCAUCAUUUUUGUCCGGACUCGUGCCUCUGCUGUUGAGAUCGAGAAGCGUAUGGUUGCCGAAGGUCACACUGUCGCCUCGCUGACUGGCGGCGUAGAGGGAUCCCAGCGUGACGCAGUCAUUGAUUCAUUCCGCAGUGGCGAGGCCAAGGUUCUCAUCACGACCAACGUUCUGGCUCGUGGAAUCGACGUCUCUACUGUUUCCUUGGUCGUAAAUUACGAUAUCCCCGAGGAGUACUCGGGCGGCCAGCGCACAAACACACCGGACUAUCAGACCUAUCUCCACCGCAUCGGUCGUACUGGUCGCUUUGGCCGCAUUGGUGUCGCAAUCUCAUUUGUUUCCAACCGCAAUGAGUGGGAAAUGCUUCGCAAGAUCCAAGACCACUUCCAGUGCGUCAUCGAUCGCAUUGAUACCAGUGACUGGGAUGAAGUGGAGGAGAUGAUUAAGAAAACCAUCAAGAAUACCCGAGCCCAGGCUGAAUUUGUCCAGACUAACUAA